AGAAAAAGAAAACAGAUACCUGAAUCUGAUCAAGAAGACAAAGAAUAUAAGACUAUACAAUCUCAAAAAAUACUACAAGAUGCAGAGUUAAAUAUUAAUGAAUCUAGUAAAACUAAAGGAAGAAAAUAUGGUAUUUGUAAUAAAGGAGGGCACAAUGCUUAUACUUGCUUUAGAGGAA